AAGUAAAGAACGAAUUGAAUAACAAUCGUUUUGUUGUAAGCUUAUGGCAUAAUUUCAUUCCAAAGGCAUUCGGAGCACUGACUGCCUCGCGUUUUUGCUUUAAAAACAGUGGAACAAAUCGUGUUAGAUUUCUCGAGAAACAUGUCUGUGAAUAAACGAAAAAUGAAAGAAAUAGUCUAUUAUGGACCCACGGACAUAAACCUUCUUAAACACCAUGAUGGUUUUUCUGCCGAGGUUGAACAACGACUGAAAACUAUUGCUCUAGGUGCAAUGGACAUGGUCGUUAUACCUAUAACGACUGUUGCUGACUCAUGCAGAAGGCAUCCUAAAGUAUAUACGACAGUCGCUGUUGCUGGUUUAACGUUCAUUGUCAUAAAGUAUGAACUUAUCCCCAAGUUCAUAGACUAUUUUCGAGGGAGACGAGACCCACCACCCGCGGGAAAUAACUAGAUUCGCGCAUAAGGAAUAUAGAUUGAAACAUUUAGAAAAGUGUUAUUACUUUUGUAAAUGUUAUGGAUAGUGUCAUGAUUUUCAGUUUCAAGAAGCUUUUGCACAAGGGCAUAUAUUUCGCUACAUAUAUGAAGCAGCCUUGUACAUAAUUGUAUGCACAUUGUCAUUCAUAUUUUUUUAUUUCCUUUCGCUUGAAAAAUGAAAAUAGAACUAAUGACAUAAAUUACACGAAUUCGUGUAACAUGUAAAAAAUCCGAUUAUUUUAUUCAAUGUACUCAAGAUGAGCAGUUAAUUCAUCACGAUCAUAGAAAUAUUUUUAGAGCCAGCUUAUUCCAAAGCAUCUUCACUUGACUCGUGUAAGAAUAUUGCUGUAGCGUAAUCAUGAUGUACAAUAUAUUGCACAGGUCUGUUUUUGCGAUCGAUGUUUAAAAGCUUCAUACCUGAUUAAACAUUGUUGUUUUUUCUAUUAAUUCAAAGAUUAGCUUGAGUGUUUAAAAUACUAGCACCAUUAGUUAGCCUUCUUGACAUUUAUAAUAAUGUUAUGGUCGAUAUUUUCUUAUGUCCAAUGAGAAGGUAGUAUUUAUCCGUUUUUACCAAUGCUUAAACUUAAGUAAUUUAUUUUUCCGUUCUUGUAAUAUAAAUGAGUUUUUUAGCACUAAAUAAAUGUCGCUGUUGUUGCUAGUUAUAUUAUUUCUUUGUCAAAAUGAAGUACAUCUGAGUCAAUAUUACUACGGAAGACUUUGUGUCAAUUUGUAGUGUACAUCUACUUAAGAUGAGAAAUAAAAAAUGUUUAAAAACAUACACUGACAAGUAGGUAAUUCCAAAUGUGAUACAAUUUGUACCUGAUUAUAUAUCUGCUAAUGUCAAUGUGAAUAUAUUUAUUUUCAGCCGUAUUUCAUAAUGAUCUAGAGAUAAGAACAGGCUAUCCUAUUUAUAACGGUUGUAUGUUGUUAAUUUGUGUUAAUUUAUCAGAUACAUUUAUUGUUGUUCAUAUACCAUUUAGUUUGUCAUUGACUGUGUUAUAUCUUGAAAGUUCCUUGCGCACAUUGACAUAGUGCCUUUUAUGUUAAGAAAGGAAAUUUCUUAAUAUGUUUGAUCUAUUACCUAUAAAAUAAAGUCCAUUGCAUCUG